UUUUCUUUUUUUUUCUGCAUGAUCUGCCAUCUUCCACAGAAAACACUUUUUUGAAAUAUGCGGAUGAUCUUACUGUAUGUAUGCCUAUCUUUUCCUCUUUACAUCCCAUAGAAAUGAAUGAGUUUUUGCCUCGUAUUGAUUGUUGGUCUGUUGGUAACGGUCUUAUAAUUAAUCCAUCUAAAUGUCAAGCUGUUAACUUUAGCAUGAGAAAUGAACGGAAUCUAAAUACCAUUUUGAGAUCCCAUAAUGCUUGUACCAUUGGAGACUCUUUGAUAAACACAGUGUCGAAGGUCAAUUAUCAUGGUGUCACCUUUUCCUCUGAUCUCCCUUGGUCUUCUCGCGUUUUAUUGUUAUUGAAGAAGGUUUUCCGUCUGACUUACUACAUAAAGAGAUUGCAUACUCUAGGGAUUAUUCGUCAUUUACUCCUACGACUUGUCAAUUCCUACAUACUACCUAUUAUUCUUUACUGUUCUCGAUUAUUCUUUCCCGGGCUUUUGAGAAAAGACCUUUCUGUAUUGCGGAGAGUGCUGAAGGCAGUUAGCAAGAUGUGUGGUGAAUCUUUCGAGGUCAUAAUUAAUAUGGUUGUGGAUAGACAUCUAAAGUCAUGCAAACUCCUGGCAUGUGUUAUUUUUAUCAGAUACUAACCAUCCCCUUCACUCUUAUCUUUCUCCUUGUAUAUCUUCUGGUAGAACGAGAUGUAAUUACAUUAAAAUCCAUGCACGCAAGCAAAAGUAUGUAAGUUCUAUAAUACCUUACCUGGCAAAUAUACUCUGUGACGAAAAGGUUGUUAGAGUUAACCUAGUCAAUAACCUGCAUUCUUAGCAUGUCUCUAAUUUGAAAAGUUGUACAGUUUUUCAGGUUUUUUUAAACCUUUCUUCCCUUUUUUUGUCUUUGUUUCUUUUUUUGUCUAAGAAACUUGUUGAAAUACCCUGUGCUGAGAAUUCUAUAUUGUACCAAAAUAUAACAUUGAAUAAAGCCAUUAAUAAUAAUAAAAGUUAUCUAAUAGUAAUAGAGGUUAAAAGUUAUUUCAAAUAUCUAAAUAAGCAAUGUUUUACUACUACUACU